UAUGGUAAGUUGAGUCAUUGUGUCAAACAAAUCCAAGGUCUUAAGUAACAGGAACAUUUAAAAAAAUGCAACUCAUCACUCAUCACCCGGGUCGUCGUCUAAGUUGACAUUUUUUCGAUACAACUCCGUGGGCAGAAAGGAGCCUUCGCCCCUGGUUUGGUUCCUCGGAGGUAAAGAGCCAGAGAGGCAACGAUAGAUUAGUCGGAGGAGCAGUCGGGAUGAGGGGGCGAGUCGGUGGUGUUCCGAAUAGGAACGAGUCGGCGUUCACUCGUGCGGUGAAUGGGGUAUUCGCCUUCUUCCGUCUCGCCGAAUUCGAGAUCCUGUUCUUCCUCUUCAUCUUCAUCGCAUUUCUUAUCUUUAAGGAUCUGGCAUGGAGAAAGAAGAACUUGGAGUUGGAGCGAAUGUUCCUUGUUUUGUUUGUUUCUCCUAUUCUGAAAAAUGGUGAAACUGGUCAAACAGACAUCAAGACCGGAGUACAAUCAGAUUCUUGGAAAGAAGCUAAGUGGUGAUGAUUUCUGGCCACACUAGAUAUACCCAAAAGCUCCUCUUAAAUUAGACGUGCACUGCUUUCAUCUCAAAACUGUUGAAAUUUACUGUACACUUUUCUAUGUAAGAUUGAGUUUGCUAGCAUAGUGCCCCUUCCAUGUAAGGAUGUGAAUUUGUAACCGAAACCGUUUAUCGAAAUCGAAUCGAUCCGUUUACACCGAAA